AUGCGAAAGACAGCACUUUUGCUUGUGCGUCUUCCAAAGUCACGCCGACCACGUGAGAGACCGUGGGAGGUUUUCAAUACGCGUGACUUUGGAUUUAGUGAGGGAUCGCAGAACUACAGCAUGUGGCUUUUGACCGCCUCAACAUGCGCGGCGCUGCUUCUGUUUGAGGGCUAUCAACAAACUUUGCGCAUCUUGGGGCGCGGCGACACGUGUCCUGCCUGUGACGCAGCACGUGAACAUUACAGACAGCGCGUUUCUGACAAGGAGCGCGAGGUUCAAGAAGUGUCCCAUCGUAUCGGUCGCGUGUGA